AGGCUUUGUGGCGGCGCCGAGGCCCGCAUCGUGGGAGUCGCAGCUCAGGGCGGCGCGGCGUCCGCUCCGCUGCCUCCCGGGUGCGCGCGCAGCCCCCGCCGCGCAGCCGCCCCCGCGGCCCCGCCCAGCGCCAGGCGUGCGGCCGCCGGGACCGCGGAGACCGGACCGCUGAGUUGGAGGCGGCGGCGGGGGCGCGAUCUCCGACCUGCGUCCAGGCGGCGCCGCAGGGUUCACAGAUGGAUUCACUGGAAAAGACAACACACAGAAGUGAACGAAAGUCCAGCAGAAAGUUUUUAAAAAGCCUCAUCCAGAAACAGCCGCAGGAGCUGCUGCUGGUGAUCGGCACGGGCGUGAGCGCGGCCGCGGCCCCCGGCAUCCCCGCCCUCUGCUCCUGGCGGAGCUGCCUGGAGGCCGUCAUCGAGACCGCAGAGCAGCUGGACGUGCUGCACCCCGGGGACGCCGCCCAGUUCCGCAGGAAGGUGACGAAGGACCGGGACCUGCUGGUCGUUGCCCACGAUCUGAUCCGGAAGAUGUCACCGCGGACGGGCGACACCAAGCCCAACUUCUUCCAGGACUGCCUGAUGGAGAUCUUCGACAACCUGGAGCAGCACCUCCAGCACCCACAGGUGCUGCAGUCCAUCCUCAGCCUGAUGGACCGGGGCACCAUGGUGCUGACCACCAACUACGACAACCUGCUGGAGAUCUUCGGGCAGCAGCAGAACAGGCCCAUGGAGUCCCUGGACCUGAAGGACAAGACCAAGGUCCUCCAGUGGGCACGAGGGCACAUCAAGUAUGGAGUGCUCCACAUCCACGGCCUCUACACGGACCCCUGUGGGAUGGUCCUGGACCCCUCGGGAUACAAGGAUGUCACGCAAGACCCGGAAGUGAUGGAGGUGUUCCAGAGCCUGUACCGCACCAGGUCCUUCCUGUUCGUGGGCUGCGGGGAGACCCUGCGCGACCAGAUCUUCCAGGCGCUCUUCCUGUACUCGGUGCCCAACAAGGUGGACCUGGAGCACUACAUGGUGGUGCUCAAGGAGAGCGAGGACCACUUCUUCAAGCACCAGGCCGACAUGCUGCUGCACGGCAUCAAGGUCGUGUCCUACGGGGCCUGCUUCGACCACUUCCCGGGGUACGUGCAGGACCUGGCCACGCAGAUCUGCCGGCAGCGGAGCCCAGAUGCCGACAGAGUGGACAGCACCACGCUGGGGAGCGGGUGCCAGGACUGCGCCAAGAGGAAGCUGGAGGAGAACGGAAUUGAAGCUUCUAAGCAGCUCCGGCCCUCAGAUGAUGCUGGCGCAUCUUGAAAUCUUUAAAACCGACAAAUCUGCAACUUGAAAACCAGCCUUCUGUGACCACAGUGCCGUAGCGGACGAUGAGGAAUGUUCGAAGACUCGCACGGACCUCUCACUUCUAACCGUCAUGUACCCCACGAGAGCCCUGUGGGGUGUGGCUGCGGAGUAGGGGGGACAGUCCCACUGUGUGUCUAACUGCUCGGGGUGAAGUGCACACCUCAGGUAUCCUCCGUGAGGACUGGCGGACAACUACCUCAGGGCCCGAUGGCGGGAAGGGAGGGGCCUGGUGCCCCGGGCUCCCCGACACACCCGUGGUCAGGUGGGCUUCCUAAUAAAGGGGACAGUGGAGACUACAAGCAACAGUAGUUGCCAAAGAGAAAAGAAACUAGACUCUUAAAUUUUAUAAUUUUUAUGCGGAAACAUGUUACCAUAGAAAAAACUUUUAAGGUAUGUUUGUUACGUUGUUAGUAAAGAAUGUUCGAGGUGUUGAAUCUGCCAGUGAGAGUGAUGCGUCUUUUAAAAGAAUGGCUGGAUCAGUAGGGCUUCUUUGGAAUGCCGUAAUUGUAGUAACUUAGUUCCAAAGAACGGCUGGUCCGUCCCUGAGGCGUUAGAGCAUCCUCACGAAGAACCAGAGGCCUCUUCUUUUUUAGAGAGAGAGGGAGGCAGGGAGAAGCAUCGAUUGGUUGCCUUCCAUUAGUAUGUUUAAUAGGGAUUAACCCUCAACCUUCUGCACAGGAUGGUGCUCUAACCCACUGAGCCGCCGGAGAGGGCAGAGGGCCUUUCCAGUGGUGCAGUGCAGGGCGGUGCAAGUCCGCCUUGAGGCUGAUAACUGAGAAGUUACAAGUGGAGCAGAGCAGGUUUUAAACUUGCAGUUAGAGUAUCAAUCCCAAGCUUUCCAAGUCUCUCACCUCCCAACGUUCUCUGCCAUGGCACCUGACGGGGCAGUGUGAGGCAGGCAGGCCUGGGGAAGGGGCUGCCGCACCUGUGUCUUGCUUCCCCACUGGCAGGUGCUCAGCUGCCGGCAGUGCUGGGGCAGAGGGCGCAGAGGGUGUGGUGGGUGGUUGCUCUGUGACUGUGGCAAAGGCCCUGCUCAGUCCGCUUUAGAGGCUGCCUACUUCCAUGUGACACUUCUUGCCAAGCAUGGACACUCCCCACUGGUGGCGCCGGAACUCCCACAGGCACAAAGAACUAGAAAUGUUAGGUUGGGACGUGUACGUAGAGAUGAGCUGGACCUGCUAAGACCUUUGUCUGCUUUCAAAAGCAUGAAAAUCAAAUCCUUUAUGCUACUCUGGUUAUAAAACUUUCACUUCAACUCUGUGUGCUCAACUUUUCUCCAGUUAUGACAAGGCUUGUUUUAAUUUAUUCAAUGAGGAUUUUUACCAUGAGUUGCCACUCAACUGUGAAAUCAAGUGAUAACUUGAAUGUAUUUAGUGUUUGAAAAGCAAACAUUAGACAUUGUUUUUUUAAGGACUCACAAAGUGCAAUCAGGGAUGAAUGUGUGAAGGUUGGGCAGACAUGGGAGAGUGACGUGGAAGGAGGGAAGCCUGGAAAAGCGAGGCAGGGCCCCGCUCAGGACCAGCUCCAAGUGCUACUCCGAGUGCCACGCUGGGGCGGAGGCCUUGCCGUGAGGAGUGAGCCUGUCUGUAGUCAGUUCUGCCGUAACCCUUAUGUAAAAUGCAGACUUAAAACAACAUGACUGAUGAAUGAGGAACAAUUUGCGCACACCUGCUUUGUGUAUGUAAGGCUCUGUCCGUGGGAAACUAGGUCAUCUACCCUUCCACCACUGGACCCGACGAUGCCCACUACACAAGCCGACUUCUGGGCAUUUUCAAGAUAAAGUGCCAUGUGUGCUACAAUAUUUGUGUGGUUCUUAACUAUGUAAUAUGUGUAAACUAGCUGUUAUCUGGUUCCUAUUUUGUUCUUGGAGUGUGGUGUUCCAACUCGUGUCCUGUUGCGUGGUGGUUUGCAUAGAAGGUGGUUUCAGGAACGCGAGGAUGCUGCCUGAGGACCUGCCGCCUGAGUCCAAGUUAUGAGAAUGGGCAGCCCAGGAAGAGGAAGGGGCCACAGCUCUGAUGGCACUGAAGGGACAUGACAGUGUUAAGCUGAUGUCUUUGAAGGCAGGAAAGUCGGAGAUUGAGGUGCUAUUGCCGGCACUGAAACAAGGAACACAGGGAGACCGAGUGGUCUCUGUUCUCCAGUUCACAGAGCUGUGAGCAGGGAGCAAGGCUGUGACUUCACGUCUGGCACAGUGCGUCCUGUUUAUAUGCGACGUGAGUGUAGUUUGAAAGCGAGUCCGCUACUUCAGGAGCUACUCCUUGGUGGCACCUGGGCCCACGCAGUCUCCACUAGACCAGUAGCACCUCCGCAUGCUCCAUUCUGUCCUGAGAUGGACUGUCUUUCCCACCUGGAACAAUGCACUGAAAUGGCAAAGUCAGUUGUUACUUGGGAAAGUCUGCUCAUUUCCUUCUGAACAGAAAUUACAUUUAGAAAAUGCAGAUUGCAUUGAAGUGGACUUAAUUCAGUUUCACCUUAAAAUUUUUGUUUAUGAAACUGUAAUUUGGAAACAUUUGAAAUUAGAGUAUUUUUAUUGAUAUUUUCAUACAUCAGUUCCUCUGAAAUAAUUUCUCAAAACCCAGGUUCAACACCCUAUAACUAGGGUAUUCAGAAACCAAGACUAUCCUUUAAACAUUCCUUAAGUGGACAAGGCAAGACCAGAGGGAAGAGGAUGUAGAAUUCAAAAUUUUUCUGGCUGGGCUUCAAAAUGGAACCUGAAACUAUGGU